UUUCUGCUGCACAGGAUAACGUGAGUACUAACACUUUCUUAUAUACACACUUUGUUCUAUUCACUUUGCUGUGUGAGUGUUGCUGAAUUUGUGUCUAAAAGUGACCUUUACAGGCACAGUGCAAAAUGUCCACUGAGACAAAACAAUGUUAAAAUGUAAAUAAAAAAGCCACCAAACAACCCGAUAAACUGCUGAGUGACUGAUGGUAAACACAUGUGUCAGUAUAUAGUGGCAGAACACAUUUGAAUGAACAUGAAAAAUUUCAAAGUCUCUAUUAAGAUAAAUGAAAAUUCUAUGAGAUUUCGCUUUGGUUAAAAUCCUGAGCUCUAUUGUGACCAGAAGUGAACAUGUAUGAAUGUUUCCUAUUGUGAGUAAGACUAUUACUAUGUGCUGAAGUAUACUGGUAAGAGGCUAUCUUGAAAUCCUAUAGUUUUUUUUAGUUAGUGUAAGAUGGAGAUGAUGUGCUGGGGCUUUAUUAAGGAUGAUGCAGGCCUACAAACUCUUAAUCUUUUCUUCAUGUUUUAUCAUGGCUAAUUUAAGUGUCAUUAUUACAAAGUGUUACUGACUUAAAAACGUGUAGAAUAAAUUGUUUAAAAGCCGGAAUGUAUAAUGAUGAUUAUGUGGAUAAAAGUUUGAAACACAGCCAGAGGUCGCCCCCCAGUGGAGAAUACCUGGAAUGACAGUGUUUUUUUCUUUCUACAGAACUGCCCAAACAUGAACAAGCUGCUAGUUAUCACUGUGUUUGCUGCCCUGCUGGCUAUCAAUGUGGAGGGCUUCCGUGUGUCCAGGCAGGUGGUGGAGGAGGAGGAGCAGGGUACUCUCACAAAGAUGACCAACGCCUUCAGGUCCUACUACGAGAAUGCAGUCAACACAGCCAGCGGAUACCUGGACAGUAUCAAGGGCCUCAAGCUGGAGGAGAAGGCAAAAAACAUGUACGAAGAAACCACCAAAGUAAUGAGCACAUACACUGGAAUCGUACAGGACCAGCUUUACCACAUCUUCUACCAGGAGCAGUAAAAACUUAACUACAACCACUCUCUAUUCUUCAACUUGCAGACUUCAAACUGUCAACUUUAACUCCCACACAACCCCAAACCUCUCCAGUGUUUCUGAUCUUCCACUCUGGGCCUAAAUGCAGACAAUGUGAAAUCAAAUAACCAGCAGCAGCUUGCAUUGAGAAACUGACCACUUGGCAAGCAUCUGAAUUUCAUUUUAAGAAAACAGCCAGUUAUGAAAAAUGUUUCCAUUACUGUUAUGAUCUGAAGCCGAUUGCCAGUGUUUUUGUCAGUGAAUUGAAUGUUUGUCAUGAAUAAAAUAUUUAUACACA